AUGAGCAAAGGCAAGAAAGAUAAAUUAGAUUUAACAGUGGCAUUAAAUAAUGUACUAAACGAUAUAAUAGUUCAGGAUCCUUAGCAAAUAUUUUAUCUUCCUGUUGAUACUAAGCUGUUUUUUGAUUAUACAAAGAAAAUAGCAAAGCCUAUGGACUUAUAAACCAUGCAAAAAAAAAUUAAAAAGUAUGUAGGCUAUAAAGAAUUUGAAAACGAUCUUAAUCUGAUUUGGAGUAAUUGUAGAAUCUACAAUUAAGAAAAUAGUGACAUAUAUAAAGCAUCUUUAAGAUUGGAAAGAUUAUCAAAAAAGUCAUUAAAGGAGCAUCUUCUACCUUUUAAAGCUCAUUAUAGAUUUGAUGAGAAUGGAGUUCCAAUUAAAAAAAGAAAAUACAAUCGUGUGAAGGAUUCGUUAAACUCAAGUUUGAUUUAAACAAAUGGAAAUUAAAACUAUUAAUAUGCAUCAUCUUAUGGUAUUCCUUCCAGAAAAACAUCCUUAAGUGUAGAUAAAAAAGAAAAAAGAGGCUCUAAAGGAGUAGCAAAAUUGGCAAAGGCUAUAAAGAAAGGGAAAAAGCAAGAUUUGUUAGGAUUAAAAAAAGCUCAAUAAAUACCAGCUCUCCCUUAGAAUUUAAUAUUUGACAAAAAAACUAUAAUUCACCCUCCUAAAUCUUCAAAUUACAACUGUAUUGUGAUAGGAUUGCAAUAAUAAAUCUAAUCUAAAGAAAAUCUUAUUACUGAAGAUGAUAAGUAAUUUUUGAAGUAGAAGGUUGUGAAUUUUUCGUAAGAAGAACUCUUUAAAUGCAUUAAAACAAUAUAAGAAUAUGAGCCUUAGCACAUUUCCUAGCAAUCAAAAGAACACUAUAUUGUUAAUUUUAAUACACUCACUAAAAUGGUUUUUAAUAAAAUAAAAGAAUAAUUUUCAUUAUGA